CGCAUAAGAUUUAAAACAUUCCAACAUUCCAAGACUUUCAAUUCGUUCCCAUUUGAAGAAGACGGGGGAAACGGAGAAUUACAGGAAUUAUAUCAGCCUCGGUCUUCUCUUUUGGGUCAAAAUCGAUCAUAUGCCUCUUUCUGGUAAACCUUCUAUGAGCCAAAAGAAGGAAGAACUCUAAUCACGACUUGAGAGGGAUAGAGAGAGAGAGAAAUAUCCUCAAUUUGUUAUCAAUAUCCCCAAUAUCCUCUUACCUUCUCUGUCUUUUCUCUUCAUAUGUACAAACCAGUGGAACUUCACUUCGGAAUUGCUUCUUAUUUCAAAUUCACAUGCAUUUUCCAAACAUAUUUUAUCUUGAACCUGUAAUUUCCUUCCUAUUAUUUCUAUUCUCCUUUUGAGUUCCGUGAGACUGCAAUAACCUACCCUCCGAGGCGCACACAUGUUAUCGACAAUCCUUUGUUCUCACUCGGCAUCUUCUCUUUUGUACAACAACAUAUAACUUUAAUCAAAAUGAUAGGUAUGUGUUACCAUCAUAUCACACCCUCCCACCUCCCCCAUUCAACUACUGAUGAGGUUGGCAGAUCAUGUUUUAGGGCGACCUUCUGUACAGUUUCGUAAGAUACAGGUUUUGGCUGUGGUAUCUUUCUGGUCGUUUUACCUCUUCCGGUAACAUUCUUGCGCCACCUUAUUAUCAUGAUAAUAACUAACAUCAAUUCGCAGAGGGAACAAAGAUGGACCUCCCAAAAUUCGAAAACUUUCCCGCAUACUCUCGAAAUACCUUACACCAUGGCAAACUCUUGUCAUAACCCUCCUCUACCUUUACAUUGCGCGCAACUUGGGAAAGCUAGUUGGACUCGAAUGUCCGGAGCCUUUAGCAAAUCUUUACACGAGAUCAUACUUUCGAGCAACAUGGGUUACUACAGCGUUGGAUGCCGGGUUUUGGAGUGCCAUGCGCAUAAGGCGGAAAUGGAUACGUGAUUUGGCUGGAGUGGUAUUCACCAUUUAUUAUUUGAUUGCUGCUGAGCAAGCUGAUGAAAAAGUUCGAAAAGUAAGAGGAAUGUUGACGGUGGAUCAUUUGAGAGUUAGUUGGAAUAAAGGAACAACUCCAUACUUGGGAUUUCUGUCGAAUUUAUUACGACCAAGAUUCAUGAGAUAUCCACCAAGGGCGAUUCGAAUACCGAGACCAUCGAGUAGUGAUUACAAAGAGCCUGUCAGUGGCUGGUUAUUCUUCGAUGGGCCACUAUCGGCACUGAAAAAUCAUACAAAGAUUGUUUUGGAUAUACCUGGUGGAGGAUUUGUGGCAAUGGAUCCAAGAACAAAUGACGACAAAUUAUUUGCAUGGGCAGGCAAAACUGGAUUGCCGGUUUUGAGUUUGGAUUAUAAGAAAGCACCAGAGUUUCCAUACCCCUAUGCAUUAAACGAAUGCUAUGACGUCUACAGUACGAUAAUCGCAAGUCGAGGUCGUUGUGUUGGAUUAUCCGGAGAUGUAAUUCCCAAGGUCGUGAUCACUGGGGAUAGUGCAGGUGGAAAUUUAGCUGCCAGCACCACAUUAAUGAUCAUCGAAUCCGGCAGAACAGAUACUCGACAAUUCUUGGGACAAGGAUCGCUUCCAAUUCCCGAUGGUCUAGUUCUCAUUUAUCCCGGAUUAGAUAUGAACAUUGGGAAUUGGAUGAGUGAUGAACAGAUGAGUUUGAUCAAAGAUAGGAAGUAUAGGAAGACAAAUAAGGGAAUUAUUGAGAGAAAAAGUAUGCAAUAUACUUUGGCAGCGGGAACACCACAUCAAAGUGAAGAUGAGGAUGAAAGUCCAAUGAAGUUACCUUCGCCACCAUCCAGAAUGGAAGAAGGUGCAGAAGUCUCUACUCAAACGCCGUCGAGAAUUUCUCUACCAUCCCCUCAAUAUAGCACCGCUGCCCCUACUAUUCUUUCUCCUACAUCUACAAAGACACCCACAAAAGUUCAACCAACAACACCAUCAACAUCUCACCAUCCCGCUCCUCUACGCACCCGUCUGGCCAUGUCAUCUAUGAUAUCCUACUUCAAUGACCGCAUCCUCACUCCGGAAAUGAUGCGUGCCAUGAUUAUUCUUUACAUAGGUCCUCACAAUCGUCCCGACUUUUCAACCGAUUAUCUCCUAUCUCCGAUUUUAGCACCUGAUUCAUUACUAGCUCGAUUUCCCAAAACUUAUUUCAUUACCGGAGAACGAGAUCCACUAGUAGAUGAUACGGUCAUCUUUGCAGGAAGACUAAGGAGAUGUCAAGGAGAAGAUGCAGCAGAAGUCAUGUUAAUUCCUGGAAUAAGUCAUGGCUUCUUACAGUUUGUUGGAAUCUUCCCAGAGGGGUGGAAAUAUAUUUUCCAGUGCGGAAAAUGGAUGCAAAAGAUCUUUGAGGAAUCAGAACAAAGAGAACUUACCAAAGCAAAUGAAAAAGAGAAAUAUCACAGAAGAACAAGAGCGGAGAGUUCGGGGGAUGAAGAUCCUGGGCUUGAAAUGAGAAUGAGUAUUAGUGGGAAAGGGAAAGGUCCCGGUGAUAUGAAUGGGAAUGGGGAAGUGAGGAGGAAGAAGGAAAAGCUUCUUAGGGAAGAAAUUGGAAGGGGUAGUGGGGAAAGAGGAAGAACGAGAUUAAGAGGAGGAAUGAAGAGACAAAAGAGUAUGGUCAGUUUAGCUAGUGAGGAUGAUCUUUUGGGGAGGAGAAUGUUGGGAUUAGUAGGUGCAUUGACAGGGAGGGGUGAUGAUGGUGGGGCUGAUGAUUGAAUUUGCAGCGGUUAGGAGGGAGUUAAGUGCGGAGUGCUGGGACUACAUGUAUUUAGAUAUUGGAAAGAGGACUUGGAAUAUACGAAUUCAAAAGUAU